AUGGCAGCUACCACUCUUCCUGCAUUCAACACGCUCGUUGCUGAGUCUAUCUCGCAACACAGCCAGAUUCCACCUGAGCAAAUCAUCGUCCUCGACAACUCAGACAAAUACUGCCCGGACGGUAUCAAGACCGACCAAUCUCAAGACGAAGAAGGCGAAAGCCUAGCCGCCAUUUUCGGCACCAUGGCCAGUCUCAACAAGGGUGCUCUCCUGGACAAGAACCUCUGCACUGGCAACGGCGGCCACUCCUUCCGCUCCGCUCUCCUGAGCGCAACAGACGAGCUCGCCAACCUCGCCCAAGGCCGCAAAGUCCGUUAUGUCGAGCUCGGCCCAGAGCCAUUCAAAUCAAGCGUCAUCAUCACCCACCUCAUCAGCUCGGGCGUUCAACUCUCCCAGUACGUUGGCAUCGACAUCAACCCCGAGUCCGAACUCACCAUGCGUGCUGCCCUCGAGCCCAUCAUCGGCCCCGAUCGGUUUGCCUACCUCGUGGCCGACUUUUACAAGACCUCGGCCGACGACCUCCCACCUCUCCCCGGCUCUGACAAGGAAGGCGAGACCAUCACAGUCAUGACCAACCUCGGCUUCCAAGAAGGCAACGACCUACCCUCCCGUCUCGGGCCCAUGCUCUCCCGCCUGACGCGUCCAGGCGACCUCUUGCUGUCAGAAAUGCAAGUCUUGCCAUCCUCCGCCCCAUCAUCAGACGCCUCCGACAGCGAAAGCGACAGCGACGUCAGCACCACCAGCAUAACCGACUCCAAGCUAGUCGAGGAAUUCUACCACCAUCCCGAGAUGCUUAAGUUUUCCUCCCUUGUCGGCAAGAAAUUUGAUCGGAACUUUGAUCUCUCCCCCCAAUCAAGUCCCAGCUCCAGCUCGGAGGAUGUUGGUGGUGGUGGGGCAAGCAGCAAUGAUUACGAGUACAUUUUCCGGCUCGUCCCGCUUCAACUCUCAAAUGUGGGAGAGGUGGCUGUUGCGACAACGUUGGUGUCGCUGCCGAUUCCGGGGGGGAAGGGGAAGAAUUAUGUUCUGACGAAUAGCUGCAUCAAGUACACGAGGGAGCAGUUUGCCAGGGCGAGGGAGACGCAGGGGAAGUUUGGAGUCAAGGGGUGGAGGGAGACGGGAGACGGGUCGGUUGUUUUUCAGAUCGCGGAGAGACGUCACUGAUUUUUUUUCUGUGUUUUUUCCUUUCUUCAGAUCCUGUUUGGGAUGGUUGAAUAUCUCGCUGGAAGAGAUGGUUUGGUGUAUAUGCAUCAAAAUCUGUAAUUCGGGGGUAGAUCUAGAAAUGCAGCUCUUUUUUCAUGCCAGUCAGAACUUUACCAUGCCGUGUAAGGUGC